AUGGUGGGCAGCUCGCUGACUCGGCAGAAGCUGGCGUGGCUGCAAGCUCGAGAAGAGCUUCGUCAGGCACAGAUCGUGACUGUGAAGCAGGGAUUGAGCCUCACCCCAAGUCUCUACUUCGGCACGAGACGAUGCACGUACAGCACCGUCGUGUCCGUGGUCACGACAGCAUUACCGCUGCCACGAUACGACCCGUUAGAUCAGCAAGUCAGCUCUAUUAAUGAAAAGGAUACCCACUCGAACGAUGCUUCUCGAUGGGCUGAAGAGCGCGCAAGGGAAGCGCUUACGCGACUGAAGCAGGUCGACGACAACCAAAACGGUGAGUUCGAGAAACGACCACCGUACGCUGCUGCAAAAAUGCUCCCUACUAGGCAACAACAGACACUCGCUCUGGUUCGAGAACAGCGCGCGUUCAUGAAGUCGCUGCAUAAAGCUCGACGUGAACGAGCACGACGAGAGUAUGAGGCUGCGUUGGUCAUUCAACGAGUACGACGAGGUUUCGUGCUGCGUCGGCAGUUCCGCGGCAUUCGACAAAAGCUUCUGGUUCGCAAACGGAUACGCGGUAGUUUACUGCAAGUGACUAAGGGCACAGCUCUCGUACUUGGCGAGAAAGAUCGACGGCUGAAAAUGCUGGCUAAGCACAACAAUGCUGCAGUCAAAAUCCAGAGUGCAUUUAAAGAGUGGGGCGCUCGUCGACUGCUAGCAAAGUUACGGGCUCUUAAUCAUCACGAGCAACGUCAACGGUAUGCGUCAAUUAUUCAAAACGUGUGGAGAGCGAGUACUGCGCGUUGGGUGGCGACCAAGCUGCAACUGCAACGGGAGCAGGCUCGACGACUGGCUCUAGCUCGCUUGAUGGCGAGGCUGUUCGUUGGGUUCCAAGCGAGGUGUCGUGUGCGAGCGCUCCGGCUGCAGCGAGAGCAUCGCGCGGCAUUCAAGCUGCAGAGUUUAAUUCAGUGUAGACUUCUAGCAUCUAAAUCCUUGAAUCAAGCACGGACGAGAACCGCACAGGAACGAGGACACAGUGGAGCUGCAGGCAUGCAGACUCUCGUUCGUGGCAUGUUGCAGCGUGCAUAUGUGGCCAAAAUGCGUCGAGCGGAGGAGCUGGCCGUUCGCAUAGCAUGCACGCUAUCGAUUCAACGGGUUGCAAGGGGGUUUCUAGGACGCCAACGAGCACGAAGACGAGGCUUGCAACGUGCUCAUGAACGAGGCUGGAUCUGCGCAACGAAUGUCACGCGUAUCGCGCGAGGGCUCCUCGGAAGACUCGAAGCUUCUCGUGAGCGAGCUGUACAGGAAGCAGAUCUGCUGGUACAGGCUCGUCGAGGCAACGUCGAUACUGUCGUGGACCUGUUGGACGGCUUUGAUCCUUCAGUCAUGGGACGGGAAGAUGGCGUAGACGAGGAUCUCCUUGCUGUCCAACCAGCGGACGUGACGAGAGUGAGUGUCCCGGGCGGCAAUCACGUGCUGCACCUUGCUGCAAAGUUUGGACACUUGGAAGUCGUGACGCUCGUGCUGCCACGGCUACUGAACUCGGCUCCGGAGGUCGUGUACGCGCGAAACGCGAAGGGGUUUACAGCGCUGGCACUAGCCGUGAUUAAUGGUCAUGAACGUGUAGCCAUCUAUAUGCUCGCAAUGACCUCACGUUUGUUUAUGGAUCAUGUGCUGCCUGGUCGAAGACGCACAUUGCUACACGAAGCCGCACGACGUGGUCUGGGUACUGUUGUGGCCAAACUACUGCAGCUCUUUCCUCAGACUUUCACAGGUGCCGAACAAGAUGCGUGGACGCAACGAACAGCAAUCCACGAAGCGCUGCUUGUGGGUAUUGAAGUUGUACAGGACGGACAGGUAUUCCCUUGGAGCCGUCAUCAAACACACGCUCAUCGUAUUGCGUACAGUCCGGACGAAGAAGCAGAUCACGCUAUGGCUGUACUAGAGACUUUACUAGCCAAAGCUCCGCAUGCUCCACUGGAAGCGAAAGACUUCCUGGGCUUUACGCCUCUGCAUAUCGCAGCAGCAAGAGGCAACCUCCGCGCCGUCACCCGGUUAUUGGCAUUCGGCGCGGAUGUAUCCGUCAAGGACGUACACGAUCGCACAGCUUGGCGCGUUGCCUUACUACGUGGUCAUGACGCGUGCUUCCAAGAGAUCCGUCGCAAGUGGCUGCACGACGUAGUGAGCAAUAACGCUGGACAGAAAGGUGGGGCGUCCGGUGCGGCAAAUGUCUCGACAGCUCGAACGGUCGUAACACCGGCGGGAUCGACGUCAAUGGCUCUACAUCCGCAACUCGAGCUCGAACUCUUUGCUGCCUGCAAACGCGGCGACGUCGCCAAGAUGCGCUUCUAUAUUGACGAGUGUGAAGUCUCUGUUAACGCACAUCGACAGCUGCGCGCUGUUCAGUUCCUGCUCGCGAAGACCGACCUGAACGUCAACUACACGGCUGGUGACGGACGCUCGGCACUCACAAUCGCGCACGGCAAGUUUGGCGAAGCUUCAAGCGUGCACUAG